GUUUUUGUGACCAUAACCACAUUCUUUUACCGGUUUUUUUUUGGUGGCGUUGCAUCAUAAACUUGAUGUUAUUUUAAUUUUAAGUAAUUUUGUUUGCCUCUGAGUAUUUCAAUAAGUGUCUAAACAUCUACCUACACUAUAACUCCUUAGGACCUUUGAGUUAAGAUAACAAAAAUGUCUACAACAGACAUAAGUCUGAACGGCUUAAGCCUCGACGAUCACCUGGAAAAUAUGGUGUGCAACAUUUGCAGUCGCCAGUUGAACGUGUGUCCAAUUUUCUUCAGCGAAAAGUUUGGCGAUAUUUGCGGUAGAUGCUGCGCUGGUGAUGGGUUCAACGAAUUACAACCUCUCCUGAGACAACAUACAUAUGAAAAGUUGAUAGCGAAACUGACAUUUUCUUGUACUAAUAAGACUUAUGGCUGCGACGAAGUUGUUAAGUUUGAUGAGAUACAGAAACAUGAGAAAUCGUGCAAGUUUCAAUGUAUCAAUUGCCCUCUUUACUCCAAACAAUUUUCCCCCAAUGCACAAUGUCUUUGGAUAGGCAACAGCAAACUAAUGGGUGAUCAUUUAAAGAUUCAUAGAGAUCAGUUUUUUGAUCCGCCACAAUUUCAUUGGCCUAAAGACGGUGAAAAUAUGAUUUUUUUCACAACUGUUGGCAACCAAAUAGUUACUGUAGUAAUAAAACAUGAGAAUGAAAGUAAAUUUGCUUGUGUAGUGAUGCUUAAUGGCAGCGAUUUAGAAAGCCAGUGCUUUAGAUAUCAGCUGGAGUUGUCAGACAAUGACAAUAAAAACAAUUCGUUGCUUUUACGUCGAAAUCGGUUGGAGCAGCUUUCAGGUUUUCCAGAAAAUCUCCGAUUUCCUGAUAUGGCCCUGGAAAUUGAUAUUCUACAAAUUUCAAGAAUGCUUCAGUAUCCAGAACGGGUUUAUGCCAGACUUAGUAUAGUAAAAAAACAUAAAAAAGAAGUGGCACAAAUUACAGGCAAUGAUAAUGGAGAUCUUACAAUAGGUGGCUUUGCUGUCACUCUAAACAAGCAAAGAAAUGAACCACCAGACGAAGACAUGCUAUCAGAACUUGAAUGUCCUGUUUGCAAUGAAUUCAUGGUACCUCCAAUAUUUAUUUGUUCAAUUGGUCACAGUAUUUGCGAUAAAUGUCACAGUCUAGUGGCAGAGUGUCCCAAUUGCAGAACCACUUUGGGCCAGAGCAGAAAUUUUACAUUGGAAAGAUUAACUUUGAAGGUGAAAUAUCCAUGCAAAAACAGAGAAAUCGGCUGUGGAUUUGUUACUACUUCUGAUAAAAUCAAGCAGCACCAAAGUGUUUGCGAAUUGUCAGAGAAUCAUUGUAUUUUAAAGUGUGGUUGGAGAGGUUUAAGCCCUGGCCUCUACAAUCAUUUCUUAGCCAAUCACGCCACCCAGCUAAUCCAACACAACGUAUCCAUUUUCAAAGAUGUCAAGCACGACAAGAACACCGGCCACUAUUUCUUGUACGUUAUGGGCGAAAUGUUUUGUUUGUCCUUGAAAAAUUGUGCCAAGUUUCUGGUGAAAUUCAACAUGCAACACGUCGGACAUUUCGAUUCUAGGCCACGGUACAAGUAUGCCAUAAACUUUGCCGCGUCUCAGCAAACAGGCAGUCCGAAUUUAUGCUUCACAAAUUAUUGUCAGAAUUGGAAUCCCAACUUGGCGGAAGCCGUUGGUCCUGGAGCAGUAAAUAUUCCAGGGGAAAUAAUGAAAAUGUAUAUUUAUCAGAAUAAGUCGUAUUAUAUUACGGUUCAUAUUUUUAAAGUUAUCUACGAUGAUGAUGAUUGAAUUACUUAUUUAAGAUUUUUUUUUUUAAUUAGGUAAUAGUAUUUCCAAACAUUUUUUUUUAUAUUUGCUUAGUAAAGUCCGCCGAUGUUAAUCUGAUAGUCCAAAGGAAUGUCAGCUGGUGGCACCCUACAUUAGAACGCCAAGUCCCAGAAAAUUGUUCGAACGGAAAAUUGUUCGAUUGGUAAAUUUUUCGAAUGAGAAAUUGUUCGAAAGGAAAAUUGUUCGAGAGGAAAAUUUUUCGAAUGGAAAAUUGUUCGAAAAAUAAAUGUACCUACCUAUACGCCUCGGCAACGCAAAUUCACCAAAAAUGUGAAAACCCUUUUUUAAAUAUAACAACUUGAAAUUUAGGAAACUAUAAUCGCCUAGCAAAAAUAACUCAUUUUUUGUUCCCUUAAAAUUAGAUAUAAAAUCGCCAAGAGCAUAAUAAGAUUAUAAAUAAGCGCUCAUUAGCAUAUUAAGAUUAUAAAUAAGCGCUCAUUAGCAUAUUAAUUGAGAAAAUGCAGACUUACCCAAAUUUACUGAUAAUAACCCGUCCGCGUAGUGCGAUCUAAUUCUUAUAAGUUACUAUUUCAUCAAAUGCCAAAUCAUUUUGAAAAAUGUGAAUCAAAGCAAAAAAAUUAAUAACAUUUAAAAAAAAAAUCGAAAAAUUUCUUAUUCGAACGAUUUUCCAUUCGAACAAUUUUCCAUUUAAACAAUUUUCUGUUUGAACAAUUUUCCGUUCGAAUAAUUUUCCGUUCGAACAAUUUCCCAUUUGAACAAGUUUCUGUUCAUGCAAUUUUCCGUUCAAACAAUUUUCCAUUCGAACAAUUUUCCGUUGCCCUAGAACGCCAAUGGUCACCUGAUGUCACACCUGUUUUUGCCAUAGGCUUUACCCCCUCAUACGGAAAGUGUCAGAUUAAAAACGGCGGACAAUAGGUAUUCCUUUAUUUUUACUUAUAUUUGACAUUGUCAUUACAGAUUGACCAGUUAUUUUAAAGUUUUUCUUGAAUUAUUCUUUAAGCUGGAGUUUCAUGCAUCCGUUUUUCCGACGAAAGAUGUCCGAAAAACAUUCUAUUCUGACAUAAUCGUAUGAAAAUAUGUCAAAAUAGAAGAUUUUUCGGACAUAUUUUGUCGGAAAACGGAUGCAUGAAAAUCCGGCGUUAGUCUUUAGUUAUGAUAAGUUUUACAUAAUGUAAAAAAGAAAUAAAAUAUUAAAAAUUCUC